UUCGUGCUGGUCGGGACGCCGCUUGACCAGUUCCGCUUGAAGGGCGAGAAAAUCACCACAAACAAGCCGUGUUUGACUUUGUGGGGGUGGAAAUUGAAGUGCUACAGCACAAAGUAUGAGCUUCGCCCAAGUAAGCUCUACGAAGGUUGCCCUACACUCCUGAAGCACUUCAAAGCCGCAGAGUCGUUUUCCAUCAUUUCCAUUAUCCUGCUGCUUGUUGCCGCCAUUCUUGGACUGGUGACAUGCUGCUGCUGUGGCUGCCUCAGGAUCGUCGCGAGUUUGUUGUCGGGCGUUGGAAUUGUGACGGUUCUGAUUGUUUGGGCACUCAUGGCUGAUGCGUACAACCGGAGGGUGGGUGGCUGCAUGUUAACGCCCUUUAAGGACACACAAAAGUACGGUGCCGGCUUUGCCCUCCUUGUGACUGGAUGGUGCAUUCUCUUCGUCGCCAUCGUGCUUCUCAAUGUGCUGUAG